AUUAAAGCAUCCUAGUCGAUAAUAUGAGUUUGAAUGUUUGUAGAGGAUAUAUUAAAGGCUUAUAAUGUGUGGAAAGCCAGAGGCAGAUAAGAAGGUACCGUUAGUGUUUUUUUGGUUUUUGCUGGACUUUGGAACUCUUUUUAGGAGAUUUUUCAGAGCAUUUUCAUUGAAUUUUUAGGUCUAGCUAAUGUGAGUAUGAAUGUUUGAUGUUUGCAGAGGAUAUAUUGAAGGCUUAUAAUGUGUGGAAAGCGAGAGGGAAUCCCACCCGAUGCAGAUAAGAAGGUUAAGCUAAUGUGUUCGUAUUGCAAGAAACACAAUGCAAGUUUGUUCCUGAUCCAUAUGAUGGUGGAGCUCAAGGUUUUGAGAAGGACAAAAGUCACUUCGAAAGUACUGGACUUGCUAGAAGAUGCUUGUGAGUCUUUGCUGGACAGAGAGAAAUAG